AUGGGUGUUCCGGCUCUGUUCAGAUGGCUCUCCAAGAAGUAUCCGAAGAUUAUCUCCUCGGUAAUCGAGGAACUUCCGCACGAAGUCAAUGGAGAAGAAAUUCCCGUUGACGCUACCGGCCCGAAUCCAAAUGGCGAAGAGAUGGAUAACCUGUAUCUCGACAUGAACGGCAUUGUCCAUCCGUGCACGCACCCCGAGGGCAAGCCGCCGCCGGCGAACGAGCAGGAGAUGAUGAUCGAGAUUUUCAAGUACACGGAUCGGGUCGUGAACAUGGUCCGUCCUAGGAAGCUUUUGAUGAUCGCCGUUGAUGGCGUCGCGCCCCGCGCAAAGAUGAACCAACAGCGAGCGCGUCGAUUCCGAUCUGCCCAAGAGGCCAGAGAGCAGGAUGAGAAGAAGGAGGAGUUCCGGAAAAUGCUCGCGAAACAGAACGGAGGCAAAGAUCAAGGGCUGCAGGAGGAGGUCAUCCAGAAGACGUGGGAUAGCAACGUUAUCACACCCGGAACACCCUUCAUGGACAUCCUUGCUGCAUCCCUGCGGUACUGGAUCGCAUACAAGCUCAACACUGAUCCUGCUUGGGAGAAGAUGAAAAUUAUCAUCUCCGAUGCUACGGUGCCCGGUGAAGGUGAACAUAAGAUUAUGGAGUUUAUCCGGUCACAGCGUGCUUCGCCUGAGCACGACCCGAACCUCCGCCACGUUAUCUACGGAUUGGACGCGGACUUGAUCAUGUUAGGUUUAGCUACCCAUGAGCCCCAUUUCAGAGUUCUACGAGAAGACGUAUUCUUCCAAGACUCAAAGCCACGGACUUGUCAUCUCUGUGGCCAACCUGGCCAUAAAGCCGAAGAGUGCAGAGGUCAAGCUAAGGAGAAGAACGGAGAGUUCGACGAGAAAGGAAAGGGUGCGACUCUCAAGCCGUUUAUCUGGCUCCACGUCUCUGUUCUGCGCGAAUAUCUUGCGGCCGAACUCUUUGUCCCGCAACAACCAUUUCCGUUUGAUCUCGAGAGGGCGCUGGAUGACUGGGUCUUCAUGUGUUUCUUUGUAGGAAACGAUUUCCUUCCGCACUUGCCAUCAUUGGACAUUCGCGAGGAUGGUAUUGACACUUUGAUCGCGAUCUGGCGUGAUAACAUUCCGUUAAUGGGCGGAUAUCUUACUCAGGAUGGGCGCGUGGAUCUAAAGAAAGCCCAGCUCAUUCUCCAGGGUCUCGCUAAACAGGAAGAUGCCAUCUUCCGCCGUCGUAGACAGGCGGAAGAAAGGAAACUUGCCAACGAGAAAAGGCGCAAGCAGGAAGAAAAGGCGCGCAGUGAAGAGCGUGCUCGGAAACGAAGACGUAGCUCCCCUUCUUUCGGGGCGGUUGAGUCACCUACGCACGCAAAGGGCCGCGGCUCUGGUGCUGAUGCGCCACCAGCCGGACUUGAGUUGAUAACCCCUGCUAGGGGUGAGUUGGCCAGGCACACCAGGGAGCUUACUCAUAGCAUGGUGGUCAACCGCGGGAAUGUCUACCGAGCCAAUGAAGCGAACAAGAGCGCCGCUGCUGUCCUGAAGAGCAGAUUGAUGGGAGGACAGGACAAUCAGCCAUCUGAAGAUACGGAGUCAACAGCCGACUCAUCUGACGCACAGCCUGAAGGGCCUGUACAACUUGGAAAACGAAAGGCGGAUGAUGCGGAAGUUGGUCAACUUGGUACUGAGUCCCCAGGCAAGGCAGCGCCCGCGAAAAAUGAUGAGUUGCCUCCAGACACAGUCCGCCUGUGGGAAGAAGGAUACGCCGACCGGUACUAUGAACAGAAAUUUGGCGUUGAUCCACAGGAUAAGGAGUUCCGUCACAAAGUCGCGCGGGCGUAUGCCGAAGGCCUUGCGUGGGUUCUGUUGUACUAUUUCCAAGGUUGCCCUUCCUGGACAUGGUACUAUCCGUACCAUUACGCACCUUUCGCCGCAGACUUUGUGGAUAUCGGUGAUAUGGAAUUGUCAUUUGAAAAAGGCAUUCCUUUUAAGCCGUAUGAACAGCUGAUGGGUGUGCUUCCUGCAUCUUCGAAUCAUGCUAUACCCAAGGUGUUCCACCCGUUGAUGACCGAGCCCGACAGCGAGAUCAUUGACUUCUACCCCGAGGAUUUCCCGGUCGACUUGAAUGGUAAGAAAUUCGCUUGGCAAGGUGUGGUACUACUACCCUUCAUCGAUGAAAAGCGACUCCUGGAUGCUAUGCACAAGAAGUACCCCCUUUUGACCGAGGAUGAGAAGGCUCGCAACACUGUCGGUCGAGAAGUUCUUCUUCUAUCAGAGAGUCACCCAUUAUACCAAGAGCUGGUAGGAAAUUUCUACUCUAAAAAGCAAGGCGCCCCCAAGUACAAACUCAACAUGCGAGUGAGUGAUGGACUCGCUGGCAAGGUCGAGAAAAAUGAGGCGUACAUCCCACAUAGCUCCCUUGUGUCAUCUUUGGAAGAAUACGGCAUGCCAAGCCUAGAUGACGACCGUUCGCUAAUUGUCAAUUACGAGAUACCCAAGUCAACAAAUCUGCAUAAAUCCAUGCUUCUCAGGGGAGUGAAGUUUGGUCCUCCGGCUUUGGACAACUCUGACAUCCAAGCCACCAAAUCCAGAGCGCAGCACUCCGGACGCUCAUUUGGUGGAGCACCUUUCCGCGGUGGACGAGGGGGUCGAAUGAAUUAUGCCGGCGAUAGACAGAAUCGCGGCAAUGAUAGGCAGAACCAUGGCAACAACAGACCAAAUCCCUUUGCGGCGCACCUUGAUCCCAAGUUCAUACCUGGCGGCAACUCAGGGGGGCAGAUGGGGAUGCCCACUGGCUGGGUCCCCCCUGCCGGCAAUUUCUCGAGAGGGCCACCGCCCCCUCCCCGUGGAGGAAUGUCGCAAGGAUACGGCACACAGCAAUAUGGAUCAUAUGGUGGACAUGGGCAGCAGCAUGGGCAGCAGCGCGGCUAUCAACAACAGAACUACGGCCAGGGCGACUAUUAUGGCCGCGGGCAAUCAGCGCAGUAUAACAACGGCCCGGUCGAUUACUACAGCGGACGCCCAUCGGGCUAUGGUGCGCAAGAUUCUCGAGGCGGAGGGCAUAGCCGCGGCGGCUACAGAGGAGGCCGAGACAAUUAUUCAUCAAGAGGUCAAGGCGGAUACGGCAGAUACUAG